GACAUUUAUUCAUAUAAACUAUUUCUUGUAUGCCGACGCCGUACAUUCGCAUUUACUGCGAAAUAAAUAACUGUUAUUACGCCUUUAUUUAUAUAAUAGUUUUUAAUUACAUUUGAUCUUCCACUAUGAACGCACCACCUACCUUUGAAUCAUUUCUUUUAUAUGACGGUGAAAAAAAGUAAAGUUCAGAAAGAAGAAGAUACAAAAGUUACGAAUGCUGCAAUAUUUACAGUUAAUAAAGAGGACCACACUUUAGGAAAUAUGAUAAGACACCAACUACUUAAGGACCCGAAAGUUCUAUUUGCUGGAUAUAAAGUGCCUCAUCCAUUAGAACAUAAAUUUGUGCUGCGUAUUCAAACAACAUCAGAUUACACACCUCAAGAGGCUUUUAUGAAUGCUAUCACAGAUUUAACGUCUGAGUUGUCACUUUUUGAAGAGAGAUUUAAAGAAGCUAUCAAGGAGAAGAAAGAUGGUUUGGAUUAAGUUUAGCUAUUUGUCCACUAGGUUAAGAAUUAGAUAAGUAAUAAAUAAUUUCAGAAUAUA